AGCUCGCCUCGCGAAAUUCGCCGCCAAACACCCGCUUUAUCCGGCAGUCCCAAGAUAGUUUCUCAGGCCAUCCUUCUUCUCACUGUCCAUUAACGACCGCCAAGAUGUCGACCAUGCCCGCAACCCACGGCCAUAGUGAGGCCUGCUGCAACAUCCCUCCCGUUGUGUCGACGGGAUACCAGCCCAAGGGCUCGUACAAGGAAUACGGCGGCCUCAAAACCUACACGACGGGCCCUGCCGAUGCCGACAAGGGUAUCGUCGUCAUCUACGACAUCUUUGGCUACUUUGACCAGACCGUUCAGGGUUCCGAUAUUCUCGCCUACAGCCACUCCCAGAAGUACCAGGUCUUCAUUCCGGAUUGGUUCAAGGGCGAGCCAUGCCCCAUUGAGUGGUAUCCUCCCAACACCCCUGAGAAGCAGAAGAACCUAAGCGCCUUCUUCGGCAAGAACCCGCCCCAAGGAGUGGCCGAUGCCCUGCCUGGCUUCGUUGACACCCUCAAAGCCAAGCAUCCUGAGAUCAAGUCUUGGGCCAUCGUUGGCGUUGUGAGCCUCAUCACCUCGAGCGAUUCAAACCCCUUCUCCGUCGCUGCCGAGUGCCACCCGGCCAUGGUCGACCCCAAGGAGGCGGAGACCAUCAGAGUGCCGCUCAUUCUGCUUGCCUCCAAGGACGAGCCCGAGCACAAGGUCAAGCAGUUUGAGGCGAACCUGAAGGGCCCCAAGCACGUCGAGACGUUCAAGGACCAGAUCCACGGUUGGAUGGCCGCCCGCUCCGACCUGUCGGACAACCGCGUCAAGGAAGAGUACACCCGUGGGUACAAGACGGUGCUCGACUUCUUUGCCAAGAACUGGCCGUGAGUUAAGCCAGAAUGUCUGUGUUGGUUGUGAAGGGGAGGCUAAGUUGAAGAGAAGGGUUGGGUCUGUGCCGGGUUCAGCUCGGUUGUAAGAAGAGAAUCUGUAAAUGUAGCUAGAACAUACAGGACAGGCCAAGCCCAAACAUAAAAUCGGCAAAACCGUUUGCCUCAAAGAUUACUCGGCUUCCUCUUAAGUCAGCGCCUGAACAAUCACACGAGGGCAAAGGGGAAUUGAC